AUAUGCAAACUUUGCAGUGUUCUCUCCUUUGGAAAAGGCUCAAUAUUAAGGGCUUAAUAUUUCUACAGCGUCCUCGUCUCCUUUAGCUCAGAUCAGCUGUGCCAUCGCAUAUAUAUUGCCACCGUACUAUCGAUUAGUGCCCCGGCAGCGCAACUGGCGGAUGCUACAAAGAAAGCUUGGCUUGUCCUUAUGAUAGCCCAGUUCGGCGUCCUUACUGUAGUAAAUUAUAACGUUCACAAAAAAAUCGAAAUCGUUGUUACAUUUGUGUGCCGUUCAAUAAUAAAGUAAAAUAAUAAUCCGUUUGUUGUUUGCUCUGUUUUUUAUUUUAUUGUAAAUCGCUCGUCUUAGCUAUGGAGGAUGAGACUGCAGAAAGUUAUGUUCUUGACAGAUUUGAUCCUAUAAUGAACGAAAUGCGCAAGAAAAAGGUAUUAUUGGAUUUCGCAUUGGUUAACGAAAACGGUGACGAAGUAUGGGGUCAUAUGCCACUGAUGGCUUUAAUGAGCGAUGUAAUUUUAGAUACUGCUAUGUUCAAGAGUGAAAAUAGAUUGCUGUUGAAAAAUAUAAAUGCUGAAUCACUGGAACAUGUAGUCAACUACAUGUAUACUGCUGAAGUAGACUUAACUCGUGAUAAUUUUUAUAUGAUUUUAAGUGCAGCUACUCAUUUGGAAUUGGAACAUUUACAAUCACUGUGUUGGGAUUUUUUGGCUAAUAAUUCGAAUCGCAACGAAGAGGAUAUCAUUCGAUGCGAUAUCAUUCUCACGGCUUGGUCGAUAGUAGAAGUAUGAUGGUAAAAUAAGUAUUAAUUCGACAUUUUUUUGAACUUCCAACUAUGACUUAUAGUAUUUAACUAAUAGAUUGAUUAGUAUUUUUUUUUUUUUUAUUACAUUAUAAACAAUAUUUGCUGCCAAAACCAAUUACUUCCAUUCUUCUCUAUUAAAAUAUAUUUAGUCUGUUCUCAUCUCAUGCUGUUGUACCCAAUGUCUUUUUCUGGUAUCACGCAUAAUUAUUAAACUUAC